AUGGGAUAUAGCAUUACACAUAUUACGGAAUAUUUUCGGUUUACUAUAAAUCAUACAUUCGAAAGUACUGGAAAGUUUCCAGUUUUCCGAUAUCCAAAAAUUGCCAUACCGGGUGUUCAGACUGUCCAUUUAUUUACCUUCGGAACAACGAUCUUACUUGUCCAUCGAAUAUGGACUAGAGAGCGACCGCUCAUGAAAAAAGCCCAGGAUGCUGCUUUCAGACUUUAUGAUCAGGUGUUUCAAUCGUUAGUCCCAAAAGGACUCAAUGAUAAAUUCUUGAAAGUGGAAGAAUCAAAAUCGAAAGAAGCAUGA